UAUACAAGGGGAGUGGGGGUCUAGAAUGACGGCAUUGGUUGCUGCUAGACACCAUCCUCAUGCCAUUGAGAGAGAGAGAGAGAGAGAGAGAGAGAAAGAGAGAGAGAACAAGAGAAGGAGAGAAUAAGAGUCAAACAUCAAAAUAUAAACAAUGGAGUUGAACUAGUUCCAGUGUUUCUCUAUCUCGUAUGAUCUAUUGUGACUGUGCAUGAAUGAGUCAGCUGUUCAGAUUAUUCUGUCUAUCGGAAGGAUUACUUCGCCCUGCUGAUAUAGAAGCUAAAUUAGAGCCUUGCUUGUUCGGGUGACGUCUUAUCACUGAGAGAUCUUGACUACAUGGCCACGGAAAGACUUCACCUAUCCCUUAGUCUGUUCAACCUUGGGGCACCACACAAGAUUUGUUGACCGUCUUUCCCAUUCCUCUCAGUCUUUUGCCUUGGAUAGAGCCUCCUUCCAUGAAAUCUGAAAACAAUUUUUUUUUAAAUGAGGAGAGAAAAAAAACAAGUCCCCAGGAAGAUGGACCCAUGCUGUUCUGAUGAGAGCGCCUAAGCAGACGACAUUUGCACGUGACCACUGAGGUAAAUUAAAAACACGAAGCACAUCAAAGUAGACCAAUCUGCCAUGGCCACCUGCAAGGAGAAAGCGGCGGCGUCCGCGAACUCUUCCCCUGGACCAAGAGAACGGUUCCUGCUCACCCCACCUCCCUGUGACUCGGCUCACUCCUUAGACUGGGCAGACGGCACGCACAACAAGAAUCGAAGGCGGAGUACCAUCCACUCCUACACUAUAGCCGUGUACCACACUUUACCGAAAAAUGCCAAGGCCAUGAAGGAAGUGAGGGCAAUGACAUCAUCGAAGGCGGCCAAGAAUUUACUUUCCAUCAGCCUCGCUUUCAUGUUCAUCUACACAGGAUUUGUCUCGUUACAGAGUCUUCAUAGCAGCAUUCACCCUCAGGGCGGACUUGGAGUGGUAUCGCUGAGCAUUAUUUACGGCACCACUGUUUUAUCCUGCCUCAUGGCUCCCUGGCUCAUCAACCGACUGACCACCAAGUGGACCAUGGUCCUUGCCUUCUCUCUCUUCACUGCCUACUUCGCGGCCAAUUUCUACCCCAGGCACUUCAUCAUCAUCCCCCUGAGCGUCAUCCUAGGGGCGCUGGCGGGGCCGAUGUGGAGCGCCCAGGCCACCUACGUCACCACGCUGGCCUUGACCUACGCGCAGCACAAGAGGAUCAUCUUCGAGUCGGACGACGUCAUCAACCAGUUCAUGGGCGUGUUCUUUGGGUUUUACAGGUGCAGCCAGAUUUGGGGGAACAUCAUAUCUACCCUCAUCUUGUCUCGCAACGAGACGGACGCCAACCCCAACUCUACCGUGGACAUGAGAGACGACGUUUUCUCCGACUUUAACUCUACCUUGUCUUUCUUCCCUUACGUCGCCUUGAACCAACAGCAGUUUGACAAUGCUUCCUCCGGUCAACCCCUCUCACCCGUUGACGUUCGGCAGUGCGGCGCCAAAAUCUGCCCUUACUUGGAAGCGGGUGCAUCGACGGCGGCCGACGGGACGUAUAGCAACGACGUGGCCGACCUCGGGGCCAUCAUAGCGGACUCCACGCGAUACAUGCUGCUGACUACCUACCUGGCCUGCGGGGUGAUGGCCGCGGUGGUGAUUGUGUCCCUGCUGGACGAAAUCCAUAUCGGAAAGACGGAGGCAGACCCUGAGUUCUCUCAGUCCUCCUGGGAGCUGUGUCUGUCCACGGUGAAGAUGCUCAAAGACACCAAAUGUCUUCUGCUUAUGCCGAUGGUUGUCUUUGUAGGUUUGGAGCAGGGAUUCAUGUUUGGAGAUUUCACAAAGGCCUAUGUGAACUGUGCUAUGGGGAUGCACAACAUUGGACCCAUCCUCAUCUGCUUCGGGACGGUCAGCGCGGUCAGCUCCAUCACCAUCGGCUGCUUCUCCAAGCACAUCAAGAGGUUCGCCUUCAUCGCAGCUGGCGCAGUCUUCAACGCUGGCCUGCUGAUCGUCCUAUGGCUGUGGCGGCCUCAGGAGCUGGACGUACCCAACUUCUACGUGGUGGCGGCCUGUCUGGGGCUCUGCGACGCCAUCUGGCAGACUCAGACUUACACAUUAUUCGGAGUUCUUUUUAGCCAUAAACCGGAAGCAGCUUUUGCCUCUUACCGGAUGUUCCACGCCGGGGGCUGUGCAAUGGCCUUCGGGUACAGCUACUUCCUGUGCGUAGAGACGAAAGUGUUCAUUCUUGCUGGUAGUCUGGCGCUGUCCCUGGUCCAGUACAGCGUCAUCGAGAUGAAGAUGCAGCUUCAGAGUCAACACAUUGGGGACAUUGUAGCUUUAUGAUAA